AUUCAAUUACAUUCUUUUUUGAUAAUAUGAUAAACACAAAACCCUGAGCGGCCUCAGGAACAAGCAAAAGACCCUUAUGUCCCGCAAAGGAGGAGCUGCGGCUUCACUGCCAAAGGACGCACCUUGGAGGGCCUCAAACGCCAGACCCCUCCCCAGAAUCCACCAUUCCCCUAUUCUUCGUGUCCCCCAAAACCCCACUACAAAUUACGCAAUCUACGUCAUGAAGCAACCCAAUCCGGUUGGAACCGGGUUGGCCAGGGACGCCAUUGUGGAAGCGGCUGGACCCGAUUGCAUUGUUCCGGGUCAAGUCACACCCGUCAAAUUACUUGGUCUUAAGGUAUGGCCUAUUGAAGUUGACCUACAAUUUUUGCAACCCGUUGGACGUGAGCUUAAGUCGAUUGGAAAGUUCAUGGAUGAUGCUGUCAAUCUCAUGAAUAAAUCAUUUAUAGAUCGCUAGUACACUGGUUUCCUGUUAUCAGGAGGAGAGAGUUGCAAUGAGCAGGAAUCGGGCUAGGAACCUUCACAUGCAAUUACAUCUCCUUCUAAGUUGUCUCUUGCUUGUGCUCUAGUCAAAUUCCUAGAAUUUAAGUCAGAAGCAGAAGAUAUCUUAUGUUGUAUUUUUGCUUUAGAUUUCUCUUCUUUUCAACAUUGUUUUGGGCCCAGCCCAG